AUGGUGAGGCAUCUCGAGUAUCCAAAGAAACCACAAAAUACUGUGAAGCGAUAUAACAACAGAGGAACAUAUGAUCUGGGAAUCAUCCACUCAAUCAUCAAUACCACCUCGGUUCUCCAUGUCUCCUUCGCCCCCAGUGCCGACCAACCCUUUCCCGCAAUCUUGCCCAUGAUCGGGGUGAUGGGUUCAUUUGAAUAUCCCUCAUCCAGCAUCGAGGAGCCACUUGACUGUUAUCUUCACGGAUAUGUCAGUUCGAGGAUCAUGCGCCUUGCCCGAGAGUCACCAGAGGGGUUGCCUGUCUGCAUUGCUGCCACCAAAGUCGAUGGCUUGGUGUUGGCCUUGACCCCAAAUUCUCAUAGUUACAACUACCGAUCAGCGGUGCUGCAGGGACAUGCAAAGCUGGUCGAAACAGACGAUGAGAAAUUGUAUGCGAUGCGACUGAUCACCAACAAGGUCGUCGACGGUCGAUGGGAUAACACCAGAAUCCCUCCAGACAACGUGGAAAUGACCUCGACCACCAUUCUGAGAGUCAAGAUCGAAACUGGCAGCGGGAAGAUCCGACAAGGAGGACCGCACGAUGAAGCAAAGGACGAGAACAGAGCCGAUAUCACUGAAAGAGUCUGGACUGGGGUGGUGCCAGUGUAUGAGACUUUCGACACACCAAUACCCAGCGCCACCAAUAAGGUCAAGGAUCUUCCAUCGUACCUUGAUUCGUACGUGUCCGAGACCAAUGCCCACAACAAGGAGUCAGCUCUCAACGCUGUCAAAGAACCCUAA